AUGACUGAAAAACAUCAACAUGUCCUAAUCAUUGCUGUUCGUGAAAUUUUAUCGCAGUUAAACUAUAUACAAAAGCAUAAUGAUCUUUAUCGACUAACAACUGCAGGAGAUUCUAAUUCAGCUACGACUCAAUCACAAGAUCUUCACGAAAUUCUUAAUAUUUUGUCAGCUGGCAUUGAAACAUUGAAUAAUGAUCAACAACGUCUAAGCAAUGAAUCACUUGAAAUUCAAAAUUCAUUUCUAGGAUUUAGACAAGAAUUAUCAAAAUUCAAAACAUCGAUUGAAAGAUCAAAAGUUCUUUUGCAAGAUAUUAAACAGAAUCAAUGCAUCGUCAAUCGAAUUUUUGCAUCUCUGCAAGAAACAAUUAAUGAUGCGCAAACUGUUUCAUAUGAUGGAAUAUUUGUGUGGAAAAUUACAAAUGUUAAAGAUAAAAUGAGUAAGUUGAACAAUCGCUCUUGUGUUCAAUCAUAA